AUGGAAGUCCCAGAGAUGUUCCGAACUUCUGGUAUUCUUGAUAGAAUCACCAAUCUAUUGUGCAGGAUUCAGCGUUGUAAAUGGUGGAUGAGGCAGAGGUGGUGCUUUGCUGCUCACAAAUUGUCAGGCCUUCUUUCUAAUAGUAUUGUGAAAUUUGUGCCACUAUAUUUCUACACAGAACUUGAAGCUUAUAAAUUUCGUAGAGUUAAAAUUAAAUGGCAGAAUGCAUGGUCAUAUGAGAUGCUUUACUCUGGACACACAAUGGAACUAAGUUAUUCGUCACCGCCUAGAACUGCACUACCUAUUUGGCAGUAUCCACAUCAGUUGUCCAAUUUUGAUGAUAUAAGUGAAAUCAGUACCUACGAUUUCGUCUACCAAGUGACUCACUUGAAUUGGGAAAAGCAUCAUGAAAAGAAAAUGCCUUCCCGUAAAAAGCCAUUAACCACUGAAUUGUCUUUAUUAUGGAGCAUUAAUAAGUCUUGA